UGUUCAGUCGGAUAGACAGCCUCCUAUGCUUCUCCCAACUCCGGUACCGACCACCGCGAGCGCUCUCCUCCCCUGCUCCUUCUAUCCAAAUUUAGACGCAUGGAUUCGGUCAAGGUGGAGAAACUGGAAGCCAUGGAAAGGUACAGGAACGGCGCCGAUCGGUUCCUGCGAGUGCUCGUGCAGUUUAUGCUGCGCGCGCUGUUGCUCGGCCUCUUCAUGUCGAGCCCCAACUGGCUCCCCUGCUUCUUCUCCUCGGCCAAGUUCUUCAUCGCGAAAGCUAUCGCCAUGGCUGCCGGGCCGAAGUUCGUAUUCAUGGUCUCCAAUGUUAUAAUCGUCGUUCUCGUGGGCGAGUCGAGGCUUUCGAAGAAGCCCGCGGAGCGGGUGGAGAUCUAUGAGGAGUACCUCAUAAAGAGCCAACGCGCGCAGAGCUUGGCCAUGGCGGAGGUGAAGGAGAAGGAAGGUUUCGAUGACGAAGCUAAAGAGGAGGCUUUGAUUGAAGAGAAGGAAGAGGAAGUUAGUGAGGUGGAGGAGGAGGAGGAGGAGGUGGAAGGAGAAGGGUCGUUGCCGGCAGAGGAGCUCAACAGAAGAGUUGAAGACUUCAUUGCAAAGGUGAACUUGCAGAGGCAGCUUGAAGCCAAGAUGCUCAUUUGCUGUGAGUGAAGGAGGGAAAAAACUUAAAUAAAUAAAAUGACAAGGAUGUGUGGGACUAAUUGUCCAUAGUCGUGUACUAAAAUUCAUGUGUAAAAAGAAAAGUCAGUGUUUUGAGAGCUAAAAA